AGGGCAGGCGCGGCCCGGCCGGCGGGUGCCCCGAUGUCGCUGCCGGCGGUGCUGCCGGGCUCCUGCUGCCCCGUGCCGGGGCUCUCCGCCGGGUCGCCGGCCGCCGGCACCGCCAUGCGGCCGCCGGGCUCGUUGCCCGCCGAGCCCUCGCUGCCGCCGCUCCGGUCCCGCCGCGCCGGCUGCCCGCGGCCGCUCCCCGCCGCCAGCUUCUCGUCCUCCCGCCGCGCCUCGGGCGCCGGGCUGCUGCCGUCGCGGCCGCUGCUGUCGCUGGGGCUGCUGCAGCUGGUGCUGGGCUGCUGCAUGGUGGCGCUCAGCUUCGGGGCGCUGUCGCUGAGCGGCGCCCAGGAGGUGAAGAACGCGUGUCCCUUCUGGGCCGGCUCCUCGGUAAUUUUAUCUGGAAUCAUAGGGCUGACAACGUGGAAGAGGCCCAUGAUACUGCUGGUUAACCUGUUUAUUCUUCUGUCUGUCAUCUGUGUGCUGCUGAACCUGUCUGGAUUUAUACUGGGAUGUCAAGGCAUUCAGUUUGUGUCCAGUGUACCGAGAUGUGAUCUGGUGGAUGUGGGUGAAAACAAGAUUUGUUUCUGCUGUGAAGAAUUUCAUCCCACUAAAUGCACAGAAAAAGCGCAUGCGCUGAAGCUCUUCCCGGUGAAGUCAUGCAAUGCUGUUCAUCUCCUUCUCAAGAAAGUUAUCUUUGCUCUUUGUGCCCUGAAUGCUCUCAGCACCACAGUUUGCUUGAUAGCAGCUGCCCUGCGUUACUUACAGAUAUUUGCAACAAGAAGAUCCUGCAUGGGCGAAUGUCAGAUUUCCACAGAAGAAAUUGAAGAACAAGGUCACAUUUCAGACCCUGAAGAUUUUGUCCCACCUGUGCCACCUCCAUCGUAUUUUGCAACAUUUUAUUCAUUCAGUCCAAGAAUGAAUCGCAGGAUGCUGGGCUCUGGUGUGAUUCCUCUGCCACACAUUUAUGGAGCAAGGAGUAAAGGCAUUGAAGUGUUCUGCCCCCUGGAUCCACCUCCUCAUUACGAAGCUGUGGUGAACCAGACUGGCUCUGAGCAGGAAAGCAGACUGCAAGAAGUGGGUGAGGAAAUUGUUGCUGAUUCAGCAGAAAGCAGAGGCAGGCUGGCCUCUCCAGGUGAAGAAAUUUCCAACUCUUCCAGCAGAACAAGCCUUUUGCCCUCUGCCAGCGCCGCGCCCGCAGAAGUUCACAGAACCUUCAGUCCCUUACAGAAACGGUCCAGAAGUGACCCUGUGCUACACUGCCAGCUGUCACAAGGUGCAGUGGUCAGCUGUGAAGCUGCAACUCAGAUUGAAAUAAAACCACAACUCAGCACUGUCACGUUGCGGAACAGUUUGAGAGCAAGAGCUUUGAGGGCAAGACCCCGAUCUUUGGUAGACUACAAGUCCUACAUGGACACCAAGCUGCUUGUGGCACGGUUUCUGGAGCAGUCUUCCUGCACCAUGACCCCCGACAUACAUGAGUUGGUGGAAAAUAUCAAAUGUGUUUUAAAAUCAGAUGAAGAACAUAUGGCAGAAGCUAUCACCAGCGCUACCUUCCUUGAGCAGGUGAUGGCACCUGCCCAGCAAGAUACGGCGCUGAGGGCCCAUGUGCUACCUUUUAGACGACACCCUGGACUGCUGCAUCUGGAGAGUUGCGGUGACCUGAGCACUUUCACAGCAGGUGAAACUCAUCUAGCAGAGAGGAAGACCCAGAGGACAGAACAUGAACGGCCUCACAGUCUUAUUGGAGUUGUCAGGGAAACUGUACUUUGAGUUGGCUCCUGUUCUUCAGUAGAGCAUUUCCAUCAGGCACACAUGUUGCACAGGAAAAUCGUCUCUGAAAAGUAGUGGACAAGGUGUUGCUUAUCCAUUUUUGUAUCCUCAUAUUCGAGACUCCCAAUGGGAAGCUCAUUCUACAAACCCUGUUAAGCACACUGCAAACGGUCCUUCCAACUAGGCUGUUGUCUACUGCCACUUAGAAUAGAGUUGUUUUUUAACUCUGUUUACAAGAGCUACAGCAGAAGGGCUCUGCCUUUUUUCAUCUCUGCUCAGGCAAGCGCAGUUAAUUCAUGGAUGCACUUUAUAUCCUGUGGAAGAACAUGGCCAAAGCUGAAGCCUAUGUUUAUGCGGUAUAUACUACUGUAGUUCUAUUGAUUUUUAGCCGGCUUGUCCCACCUGACCAUAAAAACCACAUCUGCUAGUAUCAGCUGCCAUCCACGCUGAAAGCAUUUACACAGCCAUCUCAGAUUUUCUGAAGGUGUGCAGGGGAUUGCUUGCUUAAUAUUAUUUUGCCAACCCUCAUCUCUAGGCCACAGUGAGUUUACAGUCUUUAGUUAAUAGACAGAUAUAUCUAAGAAAUUUGGUUCAAGCUGUUGGCUGCAAAUUGUUUGUCAAGUUCUAUUCUGUAUGUACCUAUGCUGCUAACUGGGAAUACACUAUGUAUUUCCAGAGGCUGGGAUCAGGCACACAGAUCUGAUAUGCAGGGCUAGUUGCAGCCUCCUGUGUCUCAGCAGAAUGACUCCUGCUCCUCUCUUAAUGAUAAAACUUUAUUUAAUAGUUACUAAACGGCUUUCAUACUGAAAACCUAGCUUUACAAAGAGCUUUAAUUAAGCUCUUUCAGAAGGGGAAAGUGUGUUUCACAUAAAAAAGACAAGUAAAAUAAAAUGUGCAUCUAUCUCUACA